CGUUUGCAACCAAGGGAGAGCAGCUAAAGAUCUCCUCUCUCUCUUCACUCUCUCUCUAGCCUCUCUCCACCCAAAAUCUAAACACAAAUCUUACCAUUUUACUCUCUCUAGCUUCACAAGAUUAUUGAGAAUUGGUUCUUCUCUCGCCUUCAAUUUACAGAAUUGUUGUGAAAUUCCAGCUGAAUAUUCUUCACUCCAAGAAGCUGUGAAGAGGGAUAAGGGUUUUAGUUGGCUAUAAUUAAUUUCAUCUGGAGAAAUUUAUCGCUAAAUAAUAUCUUGCUUUCGAUAUCUUGGUGCUUAAGCUGAUAUAGAAAGUACUGUCUAGAUCCUCAUAUGGCUGCUUCAUGCGAGAGGUGGAUAGAUGGGCUUCAGUUCUCCUCAUUGUUUUGGCCUCCGCCACAUGAUGCAGAGCAAAGGAAGGCUCAAAUUACUGCUUAUGUUGAGUACUUUGGUCAGUUUACAUCGGAAGCAUUUCCUGAGGAUAUAGCGGAGUUGAUCCGGAAUCGAUAUCCAUCUGAAGAAAAUCGACUUUUUGAUGAUGUACUAGCAACUUUUGUACUUCACCAUCCGGAGCAUGGGCAUGCUGUCAUUCUUCCAAUUAUAUCAUGCAUUAUCGAUGGUUUGCUGGAGUAUGAUAAGAAUUGCCCUCCUUUUGCUUCUUUCAUUUCCCUGGUCUGCCCAAGCAGUGAGAAUGAGUACUCUGAACAAUGGGCUCUUGCAUGUGGAGAGAUUUUGCGAAUCCUAACUCAUUAUAACCGUCCAGUUUACAAGGUUGAGAAUAAUGACAGUGAUGCAGAUAGAAACAACAGUGGCAAACAUGUUUCCACUAGCAAAUAUGCAGAUGGAGAACCGAGCUUAUCUUCUUCACAACAUGACAGGAAACCCCUGAGGCCAUUGUCUCCCUGGAUUACUGAUAUAUUGCUUGCUGCUCCCUUAGGUAUCAGAAGUGACUACUUCCGUUGGUGUGGUGGUGUUAUGGGGAAAUAUGCAGCUGGAGAACUCAAGCCACCUUCAACAGUUUCUUCUCGUGGAUCUGGAAAGCAUCCCCAACUAAUGCCAUCAACCCCGAGGUGGGCAGUUGCUAAUGGUGCUGGUGUUAUAUUAAGUGUCUGUGAUGAGGAAGUAGCUCGUUAUGAGACUGCUACCUUAACUGCUGCUGCUGUUCCUGCACUUCUGCUUCCACCCCCUACAACAGCAAUGGAUGAACAUCUUGUUGCUGGGCUUCCAGCUCUUGAGCCUUAUGCACGACUCUUUCAUAGGUAUUAUGCCAUUGCUAGUCCAAGUGCAACGCAGAGACUUCUACUUGGACUUUUGGAAGCUCCUCCAUCAUGGGCCCCAGAUGCACUCGAUGCUGCUGUUCAGCUAGUGGAACUGUUACGGGCAGCAGAGGAAUAUGCAUCUGGAAUGAGGCUACCAAGGAAUUGGAUGCAUUUGCAUUUCCUACGUGCAAUUGGGAUUGCAAUGUCAAUGAGAGCAGGAAUUGCUGCAGAUGCUGCUGCUGCUUUACUCUUCCGAGUACUUUCACAGCCUGCUUUACUCUUCCCACCACUACGACAAGUUGAAGGGAUAGAAGUGCAACAUGGGCCUACUGUUGGCUACAUUUCACGUGAAAGAAAGCAGAAAAAAAUACCUGGAGCAGAAGCCACUGUCGAAGCAACUGCCCAAGGCAUUGCAUCAAUGCUUUGUGCCCAUGGUCCUGAGGUUGAAUGGAGGAUAUGUACCAUAUGGGAAGCUGCAUAUGGCUUGAUACCAUUAAGUUCUUCUGCUGUUGAUCUUCCUGAAAUUAUAGUUGCAACACCUCUGCAGCCUCCCAUUUUGUCAUGGAACUUGUACAUACCCUUGCUUAAAGUUCUUGAGUAUCUUCCACGUGGUAGUCCUUCUGAAACCUGUCUCAUGAAAAUAUUUGUUGCUACUGUUGAAGCAAUUCUCCAGAGAACAUUUCCACCUGAGUCAUCAAGGGAACAAAUUAGAAAAACAAGAUAUGUGUUUGGCUCUGCCUCUAAAAAUCUUGCAGUGGCAGAGCUUCGCACAAUGGUACAUUCACUAUUUCUGGAGUCAUGUGCAUCUGUAGAACUUGCCUCUCGCCUUCUGUUUGUAGUUUUGACAGUAUGUGUCAGUCAUGAAGCUCAACCGAAGGGUAACAAGAGAGCAAAGGGUGAAGAUUACGUUCCUUCUGACGAAGUUGGUGAAGAUUUGCAAGUGGCCAAUGGAAAGCAUAUAGAAGUACGAACAAAGAAGAUGAAAAAACAAGGACCCGUUGCCGCAUUUGAUUCUUAUGUCCUUGCUGCUGUAUGUGCUCUAUCAUGCGAACUUCAACUCUUCCCUCUGCUUUCCAGAGGGACUAAUCAUUCAGACCCUAAGAACAUACAGGAUGUGGCUAAGCCUGCAAAAAUAAGUGAACUAUCCAGUGAGUUAAAAGGUAGUGUUGACUCUGCAGUUUGUCAUACCCGUAGGAUAUUGGCAAUUCUUGAGGCACUUUUCUCUCUGAAACCAUCUUCUGUUGGCACCUCUUGGAGUUAUAGCUCAAAUGAGAUUGUUGCUGCUGCAAUGGUUGCAGCUCAUGUUUCUGAUCUGUUUAGGAGGUCAAAGGCUUGCAUGCAUGGUCUUUCAAUCUUGAUGAGAUGCAAGUGGGACAAUGAAAUACACUCCAGGGCAUCUUCACUUUUUAACCUCAUAGAUAUCCACAGCAAAGCUGUUGCAUCCAUUGUAAACAAGGCUGAACCAUUGGAAGCACAUCUAAUACAUGCGCCACUGUGGAAGGAAACUUCGUCAUGUUUCCAUGGAAAAGAAUACAGUAAGUGCUCAAGCUGUAGCUGUUCAAAACCUGGGGAGGCAUCCACUCAACAAUGCAUGGAGUUGCCUCAUUCAAAAGUUUCACUUAAGCUUAAGGAUACCCAGUGUAAAGAUGUUGCCAAGUGUAUGGCAGGCAAAGGAAUUGCUAGUUUUCCAACAGAUGCCUCUGACUUGGCCAACUUUCUGACAAUGGACAGGCACAUAGGAUUCAGUUGUAGUGCCCAAGUUCUUUUGAGGUCAGUACUAGCUGAAAAGCAAGAACUGUGUUUUUCGGUUGUUUCAUUGCUCUGGCACAAAUUGAUUGCAUCACCUGAAAUACAACCAAGUGCAGAAAGCACUUCUGCCCAACAAGGAUGGAGGCAGGUUGUUGAUGCAUUAUGCAAUGUGGUAGCAGCUUCACCAGCAAAAGCUGCAACAGCAGUUGUUCUCCAGGCGGAGAGGGAACUGCAACCGUGGAUUGCCAAAGAUGAUGAUCUUGGUCAGAAGAUGUGGAGGAUCAAUCAACGCAUUGUAAAAGUGAUUGUGGAGCUAAUGAGAAAUCAUGAUACUCCUGAAUCAUUGGUAAUUCUAUCCAGUGCUUCAGACCUCCUGUUACGCGCCACAGAUGGGAUGCUCGUUGAUGGAGAAGCAUGCACUUUACCGCAACUGGAGCUCCUCGAAACAACUGCUAGAGCGGUCCAACCUGUACUCGAGUGGGGAGAAUCCGGAUUGGCUGUGGCCGAUGGCCUUUUGAACCUAUUGAAGUGCCGAUUACCAGCGACAGUGCGCUGUCUCUCUCAUCCAAGCGCUCAUGUUCGGGCUCUUAGCACAUCAGUUCUUCGUGCAAUUCUGUAUGCUGGUUCACUAAAAGCUAGUGGGAAAAAAGUGGACAAAAAUGGCAUUCAUGGCCCUGCUUAUCAGUACUUAAGUGUAGGCAAUGUCAACUGGCAAACUGAUAUUGAGAAGUGUUUAACAUGGGAAGCUCAUAGCUUACUUGCAACUGGAAUGCCUACUCAGUUUCUUAGUACUGCUGCCAAAGAAUUAGGCUGUACCAUAUCCAUCUGAAACUAAUAGUAACAUAUUGGUAAUUUGACUGUUCUUGUGUUUAACAAGUGGAUCUAGAACAACAGACACGCUACGAUUGGUUUGAUCUCUGCUUGCUAAAGCUGCUGUAGACUGUAGUAUGUGACUUUUAUUUGGUGUCACAUUACAUUAUCAUAAUCCUUCACUUAGGGAUAAAUGCCAAUCUGCCAUGCAGUUAAACUUUGUGGAUGGGA